CCUACCGGUGGAAAGCGCGCAGGACGGAGCGCGUUAAAGCCCCUACACGGCCUCCAUUAAGGAUCAGAUCCCCCGAGCAGGAAUGGAAGCACAUCACCGCAUCCUGGAGCGGACGCAUCGGGGAUAGUGUGCAGUGAGGAGGAGUAUCGGGACGAUGCCUACUCCUGAGCAGGGGCCUGCGGCAGAGGAGGAGGAGGUGCAGAGCUGUGAGGAAGGAACCAGCGCCAAUAAGAUGGAGAUGGAAAGCACCACAACCAACAUCCUGGCCUCCGUCAAAGAGCAGGAGCUCCAGUUUGAACGUCUGACCAGAGAGCUUGAGGUGGAGAGGCAGAUCGUGGCCAAUCAGCUGGAGCGAUGCAGGUUGGGGGCGGAAUCUCCAGGUGCUGCCAGUGACAGUUCCUCCGAGAAGUCUCUGCUGUGGAGGUCAGCAGACUCCUCGGCAGCAGGUUUGUCAAAGCUCCACCCCUUAGACGACUGCCCUUCACCUACUUUUGGAACUAGAGGUCAAAGGUCACCCUAUUCACCCGAACUGGAGCAAAUCUCCUUGCAUGAAAGGUCAGCGGCAAACUCGCGCAGCUCGACACAGAUGAACUCGUAUUCUGACAGCGGCUAUCAGGAAGUGAGUGGUUACUAUAGCAACCUAGUGACCUCCAGGAGGUCAGAGGGACGGUCCCAGUCGACAAGCUCUGCCCCUAGUUUCAGUCCGAGCCAGGCCAUGGGGUCCAGGGCGGAGGGACAGGCGCUAGCGCAGAUGUCAGGUGGCCGUGUAAUGAGGCGUGUCAGUUCAGUGCCCUCGCGUGCCUCCUCUCCCGUCUACGCCCCCUCCCCACCCCCCUCUCGCCCUACCUUGGGAAGCCCCUAUGGUUCGCCCAUCAUCUCCGAGCCCCGCCCACUGCCCAGCGUCUUCCCUGGCACCAUGCUCCCUCCGUCCUCCGACCCGCUCCAGUCCUCUUAUCCUGGGCACCACAGGGACGGCAUGAGCUCCCCGACUCUGCUGCGCUCUGGCAUGACGGCACAGCCGCAGCACUACGGGACGCUGGGCAAACACGACGCACAGGCAUACGACAACACACAUUCCUCGUUCGGGGCACGGGCAUACGAUUUCUUCGAGAGGAUCGUUCUUUCCAGACCAGACAGUCUUACAGGCCUGCAGAGCUCCUAUAGCCAACACAGCCAGCUGGACCAGGAAACCCGAUCUCCGGACCACCACGGACCCUCCGUCUAUGACGACAGAACCUUCCAGAACCCACUGUACCAGAGCCCGACCCACGGCUCUCAGAGCGCCCUGUCCAGGAACACAGGGUUGGGGACUCUGCCGAGGACCACUAGUCAGUGUAGUACCCUGCGCUACCAGAGGGGGGCGUACUCCGUGCCCUCACACACUGACACCUAUCGCUCCACCCUUUACCGAUCAGCAGAGUCCAACUACAGCAGGCACGCAGUCGGCAAUAUCAACAAUAACAUCAGCGCAACGCGAUCGCCGUCGAUAAACAGCAUUCACAAAGAUCCUCGGGAGUUUGCGUGGAGAGAUCCGGAGUUGCCGGAGGUCAUCCACAUGCUGCAGCAUCACUUCCCCUCAGUGCAGGCCAAUGCUGCAGCCUACAUUCAGCACCUGUGCUACGGAGAUAACCGCAUUAAGGCUGAAGUGUGUCGGCUCGGAGGGAUCCAGCAUUUGGUUGAUCUCCUGGAUCACAAAGUUCUGGAGGUGCAGCGCAGUGCAUGCGGUGCUCUCAGGAACCUGGUGUUCGGCAAAGCCACCGACGACAACAAAGUGUGUGUGAGGAACGCCGGAGGAAUCCCGGCCCUGCUCCGCCUGCUGAGGAAAACCUCAGAAUCUGACAUACGGGAGCUUGUGACCGGCGUGUUGUGGAACUUAUCGUCAUGCGACGCUGUGAAGAUGACGAUCGUGCGCGACGCUCUCGGCCCUCUCACCAACACGGUGAUCAUCCCUCACUCGGGCUGGGGUGCCGCCCCCCAGAGAGAGGACCACAAGCUCAAACUGCACUCCUCCGUGGUGCUGAGGAACACGACCGGAUGCCUCAGAAACCUGAGCUCGGCUGGUGAAGAGGCACGCAGGCAGAUGCGCUGCUGUGAGGGUCUGAUCGAUUCCCUGCUCUACAUCAUCAAAACGUGUGUCAACACCUCAGACUUCGACAGCAAGAUUGUAGAAAACUGCGUGUGCACGCUGAGGAACCUGUCGUAUCGUCUCGAGCUGGAGAUGCCACCCUCUCGGCUGAUGGGCACGCAGGAACUGGACACGCUCCUGGGCAACGAUCCGUCCAGCAAGCAAAUGGACUUCAUCUGCUGGGGUUUGAGGAAGAAGAAGAAGAAGCGGUCCUGGCAGGAUCAGCAGUGGGAUGGCGUCGGACCUAUCCCAGGAUUCUCUGGGAGUCCGAAGGGGGCGGAGAUGCUUUGGCACCCAUCGGUUGUGAAGCCUUACCUCACCCUGCUGGCCGAAAGCUCAAACCCGGCCACACUGGAGGGAGCAGCUGGGUCCUUACAAAAUCUCUCAGCGGGGACCUGGAGGUUCGCAGCUUAUAUCCGAGCAGCAGUGCGUAAGGAGAAGGGUUUGCCCAUUCUGGUUGAGUUGCUGAGGAUGGAUAACGACAGGGUGGUGUGCUCUGUGGCUACGGCGUUGCGCAACAUGGCUCUGGAUGCCAGGAACAAAGAGCUGAUUGGGAAGUACGCCAUGCCGGAUCUGGUGACUCGCCUCCCGGGUCAUGGACCCUCGCUGCUCUCUGAUGAGACGGUGGCGGCGGUGUGCUGUGCCCUUCACGAGGUCACCAGCAGAAACAUGGAGAACGCCCGCGCACUCGCCCAGGUGGGCGGCAUCGACAAGCUCGUCAGCAUCAGCCGAGGCCGAGGGGAGAGAUAUUCCAUGAAGGUGGUGAAAGCCGCAGCGCAGGUUCUGAACACGCUUUGGCAGUACAGAGAUCUGCGCAACGUCUAUAAAAGGGACGGGUGGAACCAAAACCAUUUCAUCACUCCUGUGUCGACUCUGGAGCGAGACCGGUACCGAUCACAACCCACGCUUCCUACCAGCAACUUACAGAUGUCACCUGUCAUCCAAUCAGGUGGUAGCGCCACUUCCUCCCCGGCUAUGCUGGGAAUAAGAGAGCAUCGGAUGAGUAAGAGGAGGGCUCAGUCUUCUAUGCAACUUCAUAACUAUUACGGAGACGCCAACCGAAACAAAACUCUGUACACAGGGUCAGGAAAGCAUUCUGCCUAUUUCAUAAGUUCCUACCCCUCUCCGUCCCACGAGGAACCUCACAGGUCACAGCUCGGCCAGCUGUACUACUCAGACGAGCCGUCUCAAAGGUCCUACGACACAUACGGAAUGUAUUUGGGGUCGCCGAUGGGUUACGACGACCCGUACCUGGACGAGCCGCUUCACUACCCUGUUGUGAGCGAGGGGCAGGCGCUCAAGCGCAACACCAACUACGUGGACUUUUACUCCACCACACGCAGGCCUUCCUACCGCGCUCAGACCUACCCAGCGUCUCCAGACUCAUGGGUGUAGGCACGAGUGUGUGUGUGUGUGUGUGUGUGUGUGUGUGUGCGUGUAUGCGCAUGUGUGUAGGUGUGUUACAUCUAUCUGGUCAUGGUGAGAAGAUUUUGAUGCAGAAUUUAUCCCUACAAAGUUGUGCAUUGAAGGCGAAGUUGAAGUGACAGGUUCAUUUUCAUCUAAGGGACUGUGCCUGUGUGUGUGUGUGUGUGUGUGUGUGUGUGUGUGUGUGAGAUUGAAACUACUAUGAUACAUAGCGUGUAUGAGCAGUGCGUAUGUGUGUGUGUGGCAUCACAGUAACUUAAAUGGAUCUUAAAGUACUUUAAUCUGAGAUUAAAAAAGAAAACAUAUACUGUAUGUGAGCCAAAGAAGGAUAUGAAACAGUCAUAUUUAUCAUAUUUAUCAUUUUUUAAAAUUAUUAUCAUCACAUUUUUAUGAGUAAGUCUACAUUUCACAUAUAUGCUACACCUUCAAAGGAUCAAACCACACAAAAUUUGGUUCUACGUUGUACAUUCAUGGUUUGUUUGGUUUUUCUUAUUUUUUUAAAUGGCAUGUUGAAAGAAUGAACAAGUCAUUAAAAACAAUUUAAACAGUGUAGUUCAAUUAUAUGUCCGGUGCAAUUUUGAUGAAGAUCUCAAAUCUGUGGAAGAGAAAAACUGUUAAUAAUAACGUACUGUGCAAUGGUAACAAAACGUCCCCUUGUCCAGUCUCGUUGAUGUAUUUACUGUUCAGAGUAGUGUGUGCCACGGACUCGUGUACGGAUCUGUCGGUUUACUGUAAAACGUGUGACGUGUGCACCGCAGCACAACGCCCUGUGUCAUGUGACAUAGCUAUGUAGAGCAGAAUCACGAAUUAGAGACUUUAUGGAGACAACAUGUAUUAUAACACUAUGAGAAAUAAAGAUGAACAUUUGUUUUUGUAUGUGUGGUGUGUGUUUCUUUAUAAUCCUUUAUGAAGUCAUCUAUCCAUC